UCUAUGUUAUGGUCUGCAGUUCGAAGCCACAGUUCCCAGAGUAGUUCACAACAGCAAGGACUUGUUGCCAAAACGUCAUUGUCUUCGUCUCCAUGGCCUGUGUUCAGACUGCCAGAUCCAGUAGAAGAGACAAAGUACCAUACAGAGGUCGUACAAAGGGUGAACGAAAUGAUUGCCACUGGGCAGUAUGGAAGGCUCUUUGCUGUGGUUCAUUUGGCCAGCAAGCAGUGGAAGGUCACCAGCGAAGACUUGAUUCUAAUGGAAAACGUUCUCCCGGCUGAAUGUGGAGACAGAAUCCGACUUGAAAAGGUCUUGCUGGUUGGUGCUGAUGACUUCACGCUAAUUGGAAGGCCACUUCUGGGGAAAGAUCUUGUCCGCGUAGAAGCCAUAGUUAUUGAGAAGACAGAAUCUUGGCCAAAAAUUAACAUGAAGUUUUGGAAGAGGCACAAUUAUCGAAAGAAAAAAAUUAUCGUGCAGCCACAGACGGUUCUCCGGAUAAACUCCAUAGAAAUUUUCCCUUGUUUGUCAUGAUCAGCUGUUGGUCUAAUUGUGGCUAGGUUUAUUUUUACUGCUUUAGGCAGCUAUGGAAGUAAAACUUCUUGUGAUUGGAAAGUCCUGAGCUUAUCCUGUUAUAGUCUGUAAUGGAAACCUAUCUGUACUUUUCUUUAAAACAAAUGAAAUCUUUUUUGUUAAAGUAUUAUUUUAGCCUGGACAGUGUGUGUUUGUAACAAAUUCCUUUUGAAAUUCAGGCUCCAUUCAUGAUUGACCAGAUGUUUAAUUCCAGUACAGUCUCUGCUGAACUCUCACACGAGAUACCACGUUAUUGGAAAUGGGAAAUCAAGCCCUUAGUUCAACCUCUAAAAUGGGGAUGAUCCAAAGGUUGGAAAAGAGAAAAGCCUAUGUAACCCCCGCCUUGCUGCUUUCCUUGGGUUCUGGUUAUAUGGCAUGUCAGUAACCCCACUGAUUUGAAAGGGAUUGCUGUUGUGCUUGGGUAUCCACACAAUCAAGUAUUUUGUUGGAUUGGGAUACUAAUGCAUGAACGUAAGUGAAUACUACAAUGGGGAUAGUAGACAUUCAACAGAGAGGUGUAGAGCAUGGUCCCCCUGACAGUCCUUGCGGCUGUUCCAUGCUAUAGAAAUCCCAUGCCAGUUUAACAUGUAAUGGUUCCUUCAGUUCUGUAGCCUCAGGGACUAUCAAUAUGGUACAUAACAAACCUGGGGCAGAAGAGAGAGAUGACUCUGGUGACUAGAGGCCUCUGUGUGAGUUUGCCGAUGGUUACCAAACAACAAAAAUCCUUGUUAAUGAAUAGCAAAAGGGAGGUAGCUGAGGAACUAACCUGCUUAUAGGUCAGCCAAAAAGCCUUAUUAUUUUUUAAAAGCCAUUCAGAAUCCCAACCCAUUAACAGCAUCAUGUAUGUGUGUAUAUGUAUAUGUACACACAGCAUUAGAAAGACAAAUCUCUAGGGUAUUUGCAAAUGUCUUUUGGUUCUUCUGCAAAAGAGAUAAAUAAUGGAAGGAUAUGUUGGAAAAUGGGUUUUUUAGUUAUAGCUUUGAAUGGAUGCUGGGGAUAAGGUUUCAGUUCCAGCCUUUCCACAGGCUUACUUUUUGAUCUUGGGUAAGUCAUGUAAUCUUUUUGUCUCAGUUCUCCAUCUGUCAUGGUGGGAUAGUGUUCUUACAACCCUUUUUCUGUUCAAGGACUGGGUCAAGGAUUGUCUCUUGGAGAUCAUAGAGCUAACAGUGCCCAGCACAAAGCAGCUCUGAUUUCAUCUCAAGGAGCUGCUGGAAUAUAACCAGUAAUAACAAAAUAAAAUGUUUUUCUAUCCCUCUU